GGUUAGGUUUGGCGGGCGGGGAAGGGCGGGAUCAACGCUCAGCCCGGCGAAUUCCCGGUCGUACCUCGUUUUUCUCUUGUUGCCUCACUACCGGUCCCCGCCCUCCAGCCGCGUGGGAAAGUCGCGUGUGGACCACGACCCCGCCUACCCAUCAGAACCGUUGAGAAAGGAAAUGCGAGUCUGCUAGAGUUCCUAGUCGAGAAGCAGUGUUCAGCUCUCUUGUUCUUCCCGACUGGCCCCCAGGCAGAGACUGGGCUCUGAAGGCCGGGAUUCCGCUUUGUCCUGAGCCUGUAGCUCGGGCUGGGUGUUAACUCGGGCCGAGGCAGGACCGGCUGGGCGAAGUCGGCGGCAGGGGAAGCUGACAGCCGAUGGCUCAGUCCACUAUGCCCCCCAAAUCUGACGUGUUGAGUCAAGAUGAACUGCGAAAAAAGCUAUACCAGACGUUUAAGGAUCGGGGUAUACUGGACACGCUCAAGACACAGCUCCGAAACCAGCUGAUUCACGAAUUGAUGCACCCUGUGUUGAGUGGAGAACUGCAGCCCCGGUCCAUUUCAGUGGAAGGGAGUGCCCUCUUAAUAGGCGCUUCUAACUCUCUAGUGGCAGAUCACUUACAAAGAUGUGGCUACGAGUAUUCACUCUCUGUUUUCUUUCCAGAAAGUGGUUUGGCCAAAGAAAAGGUAUUUACUAUGCAAGAUCUAUUACAGCUCAUUAAAAUCAACCCUGAAUCCAGUCUCUACAAAUCACUGAUUUCAGGAUUUGAUAAAGAAAACAAAGGUUUUCUCAUGCAGUUUUUAAGAGAAUUGGCAGAAUAUCAUCAGUCCAAAAUGAGCUGUGAUAUGGAAACUCAGACAAGUUCAGCGUUUCCUAGCAAAGACUCUCUUGCAGAAAAGCUUCAGCUCAUUGAUGAUCAGUUUGCGGAUGCUUACCCUCAGCGUCCCAAGUUAGAAUCUUUAGAAAUAAAGUUAAAUGAAUAUAAGAGAGAAAUAGAACAGCAGCUUCGGGCAGAAAUGUGUCAAAAGUUGAAGUAUUUUAAAGAUACCGAAAUAGCAAAAGUUAAAAUGGAAGAGAAGAGAAAGGCUGAGAGGGAGUUAGCUGAGUUCCGGAACGAAUUGGAGCGAGCUUGUCAAGCAAAAUCUGAAGCCCUCAUUUCUCGGGAAAAGAUGGCUCUUGAGAGAAUUCAAAAGCACCAAGAGAUGGAAACCAAAGAAAUUUAUGCUCAGAGGCAGCUUCUACUAAAAGAUAUAGAUUUGCUAAGAGGCAGAGAAGCCGAGCUGAAGCAACGGAUCGAAGCUUUUGAAUUGACUCAGAGGCUGCAAGAGGAAAAAAAUAAAAGCCUAACUGACACACUUAGGAAGCGGGAAUUGAAUAUAAAGAGCAUUGAGGAGAGCUAUGACCAGAAGCUCAAGAAUGAACUUCUCAAGUAUCAACUUGAACUAAAGGAUGACUAUAUCACCAGAACGAACAGGCUGAUUGAAGAUGAAAGGAAGAAUAAAGAAAAAGCUAUACAUUUGCAAGAGGAGCUCACAGCUAUUAAUUCAAAAAAGGAAGAAUUUAAUCAUUCAGUAAAUCGUGUCAAAGAGCUUGAGCUUGAGUUAGAAUCUGUCAGAGCCCAGUCUUUGGCAAUAACAAAGCAAAACCAUCUGCUGAAUGAAAAGGUGAAAGAGAUGAGUGACUAUUCGCUACUGAAAGAAGGGAAACUGGAGCUUCAGGCACAAAAUAAAUUACUUAACCAACAACUGGAAGAGACUAGAAAUGAAAACUUGCGUCUCCUAAACCAUAUAGCUCAGCCAUCUCCUGAGCUGGUGGUUUUUCAGAAAGAACUAAAGAAAGCCGAACAUGCCAUCGCAUUUGAGCAUAAGGAGUUCGAAAGCCACAGGCAGGCUCUGCAAAAACAGCUGCAAAGUGAACUGCUGUAUGAAAGGAGUAAAGAAGGAGCUGGAGAACUUGUUAGUGUGUUCUGUUGUUUCAUAGGUAUAAAGCUGCUCAGAAUUGGCAAAAAAGAGAAAGAGAAUAAGCCAGCGCUCGAGAACGAAGUGUACCACAACCUGAAGCAGUCUCUGAUCGAUGGUUCCACCAAUGGACUGCUGAGCGGCAAGACGGUGGAGCUUAAUGGGGAUAUAAGCGGGGGUUUCUUGAAAAAUCCUCUCGACCAGGAAAGGCUGAUGGCGGUUAUACCAAGGAUCAUAAAUUAUCCAAACGCAAGCACGGAGAGUAGUUCCCCCGAUUCUGACCUUGAGUUUGUAGCCAAUACCAAAGCAAGGGUGAGAGAGCUAGAGCAAGAGGCCGAACGUUUGGAGAAAGCUUUCCAAAAUUACCGUGGAAGAGUUAGUCAGCUCCCCGCUAAACGCCCCUUAGCAGCCAACAGCCAGCCACCCCUGCACUUGCUAGGGACACUCAAAAGCAUCACUUCGAGUUCGCCCCAAAGACGCACUUGUGCCGAGGACAGAGUUGUCUCUGAGCCUCCGGUGGGCACCCCCGAAGAGGACAAGAGCAGCGCCUCGCGGCCACGCAGGAGCACCACCUCCAGACGCCUCUCCUCCACUCCUGUUCCCAAAGCAAAAAGGAGCUUUGACAGUGAAAUGUAUCUGGAAGGUCUGGACCGAUCCCACGCUGCUGGCCCCAGUCCUUGUCCCGACAGAACACCCCGGCCUUCACCCGCUGAGUCCAGGCACAGCCCUUCCGUCCACCCGCUGCCCAGCUCUCCAGAGCAGGCCAGUCUUUAUCAAAGACAAAUGGAGCUUCAGGAAAAAAGUGAAUUUGCAAAUCCAGGCAAGCUACCUUUUAAGGACAAUGAGGAAUUUGAAUCAUCUUUUGAAUAUGCAGGGAGCGCAGCGAGGCAGUUUGAAGCGCACGGCCUCCAUCCUGCCGGCGACAUGCCUCACGUGGAUGCUGCUGUGGCCGCCAGACCUAUGUCCUAUCACUACCCGAGCGUAGAUCAGAAACAAAUGGGAGAACAGAAGGAAGAAGAAGAAAUAUGGGAAGAGCACAUGAAAGAACGCAGGCAGAGAGAAGAAAGAAGGCAGAAUGAGCGGCAAGAGGCUUUAGAAAGGGAACGAAGAGAACUAGAAAAAUUGGAUCAGGAGCAGAGGAUGAUUGAAGAAUCAUUAAAGAUUGAAAUGGAAAAAGAAUUAGAAAUAAGUGUUGAAGAAAUGAAAGACAAAUCUGUUUGUGGUGAAAAUCCUUUAGAGAAAUACAUGAAAAUUAUUCAGCAGAAUCAAGACCAGGAGGCGGCAGAUAAGAGUUCAAAGGUUGGCAGAGAAGCCUCAGAAGUGGACACAGUGCCAUCGAGCGACAAAGACGAAAGUUUCACGGGCUUUUCUCAUGAAGAAACAGAUGACUUUUGGUAACCAUGUUUGCUGUCCAGCAUCUUACCCAUAUAAUGUAACUGAAGGCCUAUGAAUUCUCUGUAACGACAAAAUUCUCAAUAAAAAUUUUAUGUGUAAUCCCA